UUUUAUAGAGGACUAAGAAAAAUCGAGUUUUUUUGGACAAUCAUUGUCUCGAAAAUGGAACAUUUAUUCUUGAUGAAACUUGUAGCAUACAUUAAGGACCAUGAGACCUACAUAUGGGCAAAAUUUCAAGACAUAAUUUCGUCAUUUGAAUUUUUUGUAAAUACCUUGUCGUAGGCCGAAAAAUCAGUAAAAUGGCCAUAACCUUCGAAAGAAGCAACAUGGGCCUAAAUCCUCUUAGGCUUUUUCUUAGCAUACUGACCCCUACAUAUGGGCAAAAUAUAAGCAAAAUCGGCGUGAAUCACUUGAAACGGUUCCCUCGUAAGACUUCGCUCGUUCAAUGCAUCAAUGUUUCUGAAAAAUAUAAUAAAAUUUUCUUUCGAAAAAUUAUUUAAAACGAUUGUUAACCUAUUUUUAUUGAAAUAAUUAUAUUAAUUAUUCUAGCUGAUGAACCACGAAUUGAAAGUCCUCGAAAAAUAGUUAUUGAAGAACAAGUGAAAUCAUUUGUACCUCAUACUCGCGAACAAGUUAUUGAAUUAUGUCAUGAAGCAUUAAGAAUUUUAUUCGAUCAAAAUACAGAUUUUUCAAAUCGAUCAGCUAUUAAAUGUCAAAUACCUAAUUCAUAUUUUACAUACGAUCAACAAGAUUCAGAUGAUGAAAAUAUUCGACAUAGUCGUCAUGCUUAUUGUCAAAUGAUAUUUGACUUAUGUAUUGAAUUAUUACAUGAAAUGUAUACAGAAAAUGUUCAAUUAUCAACAUAUCCUGAAUGGCAAAAAACAAAACUUGUUUCGAAACGUUUUUAUCGUGGAAAUAAACCAGAAAAUCGUCAUUUUAUUGAACAAUUUAUUCAAACAAAAAUUUUAGAAAUAUUAAAUUUAAAUACACGUCAAAUAACAUAUUCAAAAUGGCGUAUAUCAAAUGGAACACGUAAUGGUAAAGAAAAAUUUGAAACAGUACUUGAUGAAGAAAUACGUCGUACAGAAUCUCAAUGGAUUAAUUAUGAUGAUGAUUGUAUACAAUUGAAAUUUGACAUAGCUGAUUCAAUAUUGGAUCGAUUAAUACAAGAAACAUUAAUAGAAUGUUUAGAUGUUGUUGAUAGACGUUUCUUUUUUAGCAGUAAUAGUACACGUCUUUAA